AUGGGGGAUGUCCUUCCGCCACAAUUCAACCAUGCAACAUCCAUCCAAGACUAUGAUCUUAGCAUCCCUUUUGGUGGAUGGGCUGUGUGUCUCCCUGUCCCCGCCUCAAUCCUUGGCCUCCUUCUUUAUCCCUACAUUCCAGAUUUCGGCUGCAAGAAGCAACCCUGCUGCUUUCUGGACGUGGUCAGCAUCCAUCAAACCGACAAAGAGAAGAUGGAACGCGGGAUUUACGGGCUUGGUGGCUUUGUCAGCGCUUCCAAGGAGCUCCGAAUCCUGUGGAGCCAGCCCUACCUCUCCAGGCUUUGGUGCGUCUUUGAGUUGGCGGCUUUCCGGACCGCCAAUCCUCAGAGCAAGAUACAUUUGGCUCCGCUUAACAUCGAGGCAGUUGUCGCGGCAUCCUUCCUCUGUUGUUUCAUACUGGUGGUGAUCGCUUUGCCCCUUAUGCCUUCAGCAGAAUUUCGUCUCAGCAGUGGAGUUACGGCUGUCUUUAUUCCGGCGCUUGUGCCAGCUGCAGCCAUCUUUCAUGUCCUUCGCAAAAGCCUGACCUUGAAGCGACAGCUUUUCUCUGAGCUAGACGCGUUCGAUUUGAACCAAGUAAGUUGCAGAGAGGAGAGAGGAUUUUGA